AUGGCAGACCUCAGCAGGGCCUCGGAGGCCACACUGGCAAAGAAGCUUUCAGAGAUGUUGGCCGGCUCGGUGAUGGUAUAUCCCAAUCCUGUGGAAACAGAGAUUGAGAAGCGCAAGGUGGCGUUCCUCGAAGAUCGCGAGAACUUCUUCAUUCUGAAGAGCGCUGUGGGGAAGACGCCUGCCGACUUUGAGAAGGUGUUGAAGAAGCUGAAGAAUGCCAAGACGAUUCGCAAGCUACACCUAUACCCCAUUCCUGGCUGGAGCGAGAAGGACCCUGUCUUUGAUUUCACCAACUUCUCAGAGCUGCUCCGCAAGUACGUGCCGCGGGUGUGCUACUUUGGUGCCAGGCACAUGUUGCUGAAGAAGUUUGAGUUAAAGAAUUUGCCGGAGCUCAGAACAGUUUGCUUGACAAGCCCAGAGAUGCAAGAUGAGAAGUGGAACUUGGAGCUCCCCAACUUGGAGGAGCUCAUUUUGGAGUGCCAUGCCCCACCGGGGAAGCCCUUUGCCCAAUCCCUCAUCCAAUGCCCAAGGAUCAAAUGCUUCUUUUCCCACAAGUACUGCGCAGAUGCCCUUCUCGGCCUCUACUUGCCCAACUGUGAGGACUUUGCCCUUCGCCGUGCAGACUGCUUGUCAAAGAUCAGUGUGUACUUGCCACGCUUGAAGAGCUUGAACCUGGAUGCUGACUAUGACCUGAAGGACAUCACGUUCCUGAAGAAGGGGCAUGCCAGUCACGCAGAGUUCAACUUACCACCUGACCGGCAGUCACGCUUCCGCCUCUCGUGCCAGAACGCCUUGCUGGGGCCGCGGGCAAAGCAGGCGUUGAGAAACAGCGGCCGCCUCCUGAACGCAAAGGCUCUCAAAGAGGAUUUGGACGACUGCCGCUUCUCGGGGUUGCCUUUCGGAUCCUUGGGGUCGGAAGGCGAAGAUGAGGAAGAUGAGGAUUCGAUGCACCACCUCCUUGGGAAAAUGGUGAAGGUCACGUGUCUGAAGACCCGGAAGAAUCUCAUUGGAAAGGAAGGGAAAAUCAUCGAGAUAUUUGCAGAGAAAGAGCGCGUUGGUGUGCGUUUCGCACACGACGAAUCCUUGGAGCUUUCAAUUCACAUAGACAAUUUGGAGGUAGUGGAAGGGCCUCCAAGGAAGAAGCUCAAAAAGCUCCGGGAGGUGAAUUGA